AUGGGAGAAGAUGGUGCAGAUCCGCUCGGCGUGGGGCCUCUCACCUCUAACCAGAACCCCGAGGUGGAGAGUCUGAGUGCCCAAGUAUUAUUAAGACAGGCGAAGUACUGUGUAGAGCUAUCUUGGCGGACCAAUCCUCAGAUCCUUCAGAGCUUGAUGACAGUGGCGGUUUCUCCUGUGGGGCCCCCCUGGAACGGAGGAGCUCUCUCUGCGCGCUGGGAAGGCGAGUACACCGAGUCGUUUCUUCAGCAGUUGACCCUCCGCACGGGCUCUCCUCUGGCCCCUCGUGGCCUCUGGGAGUUACUGUCAGUGGCUGUUCGAGCUGCGGAGAAGGAUGCAAAUACCCAAGAGAAAGCUCCCCCCUUCACCGAACAUGCGAAGGCUGUUGGGGCGUUUCUGAAUUUAUGGAGCGCUGCAGAUCUGGAGACUCUGAAACGGCGAGCGGGGGGUUUGGCACCCUCCGAGGAGGCCUCCGAGGGGGUUCCCUCGGAUCUAAAAUUGUUUUUGAUCGUUACGAAGGUUGUGGACGGAAAGAAGGUUCACUAUCCACUCGCCCUAACGAACAAGGCAGGGGCAGCAGCAGUUUCCGCUGCUGCCCCUACAUCGUCUCUCGCUACAGAAACCCCCAGGAGCAAUUGCAGAGAGGCGACCUCAGUAGCGCCAACACAACAACAACAGCAACCGACACCACGUGCAUUGUUGCACGUCGUGAAGCAUCCCCUGGAAGAGGAUGCCCUUGCUAAGCCAGCAGAAUUGCCAGCCGCAGCAGAGCUGUGCCGGCUAAGGGCUCUUGUCGCCGAGCAGCAGGCGGCUCUGCGUGAAGCUCAGAGGCAGAGCGCGGCAUGCCGUCGGGAGCUGCAAGGCACGCUCUUCAGGCGAGACUGUGACGAUCCCCAGGGUCUCAUGACGCAGCUGCAUACAGUGGAGGCUGAGCUUUUUAUGGCAAGGCAGCGGCUGCAGACGGAGAGGCAGCUGCGGGCUAGGGAGACACAGCGGUUUCGCACGGAGAUCGACAAAUUGAGGAGAGUUGAGGCCUCCCUCAGGACCCGAGUCCGAGAGUUAGAGGCGCGGUUACGCGCUCACAGCUGUCGUCUGAGGAGGUCUCUCGCCUCCUCUGAAACACUUCACCCGACCGCUCCGUCCGCCUCAUCCCGCUGUUCAUCGCUCGAUUCCAAUGCGGCUAGCCGGUGCAAGGAAGCCAGAGUAGGCCUUCUUUCUGGCUACCACCCCGUGGACGGAGUCUCCAGAGGAGGGCCUCCCGCCUCUGUGGCGCGUGCCAGAGUCCGUGGAUCCUUUGUAGGCUUGGGGGAAAGCCUACAAGGGUCUGGCACACCAGGGGCUAGACCAGGGGGCCCCUCCAGGGUGUCGGCUUCCUUGAUGGCAUCAACUGCUUCUUCUCGAGCGCGGCAGCGGUCAGACUCGAUCGGCUCUGUGUGCAGUAGCAGCCGCGGCACUGUGGCAAGGAUUCCUCCGUGUUCGUCCCACCAGGCCCUCGCAUCUGCCAUGCCACAGAAUGCGGCGGAAAGCCCUAGCUCUUGCAACAGCCAUAGAGCCCCUUCUUCUACAGUACCGGAGAAGGUUGCCGUGAGGAACGCCGGGUGUGCGAGGUCGCCUGGGAACUGCAGCUUGAGAGAAAAAAGUCCAUUCGCUGCUGAGGCUCGCUGUGAAGGAGAAGCGCUGCCUCCGGCCUGUGGAAUUUUAGGCCCUGAAAAUCAGCACCCCAACCAGCAGCUGCAAGCGAAGCGCUGCCUGCUGCAACAGCCUCAGCAUUCAUCGUUUGUCGUGUUAUCCGCGGAGGAAUAUGAAAGGCUGAGGCAGCGAGGCUCGGCCCUUACUACCGCCAGUUCGCAUGACACUCUCUCUGCAGAAGUUUCCCAGGGGCCAGAGGAGCCUGCACUUCCCCCUCUUGUGCACGGCUCCCGCACCAAAUCCUUCACGGCCCCUCCUUUGCUGCAAGGAAAUCCAGAGUGCGACGGACUCAAGCCCACUGAUUGCGGAAAUUCCCAGCACGACCGUGACUUUCAAGGAGAAGUUUCCGAGCAAGGAAUCUCCAACGCGACUGUGGAGGUCGGAGGACGCGCACUUAAGGGAGUGGCUGGUGGCCGUGCGGUGUUUUCUGAGAUCGACGAGCGUCUGACUGCCCUCCAGCGCUUCCUGCGGUCCACCCGCGAGAGUUUCCGGCUUAUGGAAAAUGGAUUGGACAGCGGGACGCUGGAGUAUUUCCUCGAACCCGGCUGA